UAUUGACAUUGAGAAAGGUGAGAUUUUGAAAUAAGUUACAGCAUCAAGGCACCCUUUAAAAUUAUGGACAGUCCCGAGGCACCCUUUAAAAAUAUGGACAGUCCAGAAGCACCCUUUAAAAUUAUGACAGUCCCAAGGCACCCUUUAAAAUUUUAUGGAUAGUCCCGAGGCACCCUUUAAAAUUAUGGACAGUCCCGAGGCACCCUUUAAAAAUAUGGACAGUCCAGAAGCACCCUUUAAAAUUAUGGACAGUCCCAAGGCACCCUUUAAAAAUAUGGACAGUCCAGAGGCACACUUUAAAAAUAUGGACAGUCCAGAAGCACCCUUUAAAAUUAUGGACAGUCCCAAGGCACCCUUUAAAAAUAUGGACAGUCCAGAGGCACCCUUUAAAAAUAUGGACAGUCCAGAGGCACCCUUUAAAAAUAUAGACAGUCCAGAGGCACACUUUAAAAUUAUGGACAGUCCUGAAGCACCCUUUAAAUUAUGGACAGUCCCAAGACACCCUUUUGAAAUUAUGGACAGUCUGGAGGCACCCUUUAAA